AUGGGAAAAGCUAAAAAAUUCAAACCUUCCCAAAUUGGAAAAAAUAUUGCCUUAGCUGAUCAGAUAGAAUCGGGAAACUCAGUAAAGAACAAAAACAGAGUUAAACCGAAGAACAGACAUGAUGAUGAUGAGGAAUUUGUUAAUGCAGAUUUAUCAAAAAAAAUAUUAAAGUCUGCUAGACGUCAGCAAGCUGAACUAGGAGAUUCUGAUGGAAGUACAUCUGUCGCGCAACAUAUUCUUCCUGUGGAAUUCAACGAGUCUGAUAAUGAAAUAAACUCAGAUCAUGAUGACUUAGAGCCAGAUACAUAUUAUGACAAUAUUGAAAUUGAUGAGGAAGAUGAGGAGGCUCUAAAGAUGUUCAUGUCAAGUAAACCAGAGAAGACUAGAACAUUAGCAGAUAUUAUAAAAGAUAAAAUUACUGACAAGCAUACAGAGUUACAAACUCAAUUUUCUGAUGCAGAAACAUUAAAAUUGCAAAAUAUUGAUCCAAGAAUAAAAACUAUGUAUCAAGGUGUAAGAGAUGUUUUACAGAAAUACCGGUCAGGAAAGCUACCUAAAGCCUUCAAAAUGAUCCCACAUUUGCAAAACUGGGAACAAAUUUUAUACAUAACUGAACCUACAACUUGGUCGGCAGCUGCUUUGUAUCAGGCUACACGUAUUUUUGCAUCUAAUCUUAAAGAGAAAAUGGCACAGAGAUUCUAUAAUUUGGUCCUGCUUCCUCGUGUGAGAGAUGAUUUAGCAGAAUAUAAAAGGCUAAAUUUCCAUCUGUAUCAAGCAUUACGAAAAGCGCUCUUUAAACCUGGAGCAUUCAUGAAAGGAAUUUUGCUGCCCUUAUUAGAAUCUGGGGAUUGUACAUUGCGUGAAGCUAUUAUUGUCGGCUCCGUAUUAGCGCGUAAUUCAGUGCCAGUACUGCACUCAAGCGCCGCUCUUCUUAAAAUUGCUGAAAUGGAUUAUACUGGUGCUAACUCCAUUUUUUUACGGAUAUUAUUUGACAAGAAAUAUGCAUUGCCAUAUAGGGUAGUAGAUUCUGUUGUUUUUCAUUUUUUAAGGUUUCAAUCUGAAUCAAGAAUAUUGCCAGUUUUAUGGCAUCAAGCAUUUUUAACAUUUGUACAACGUUAUAAAGCUGAUAUUUCCACUGAACAGAGAGAUGCAUUAUUGGAAUUAUUACGUAAACAAUCACACCCUACCAUUACACCAGAAAUUCGCAGGGAAUUACAAGCAGCAAAGUGCAGGGAUGUUGAAGUAAAUAGUGCUGUUGAAAAUUGCAUGGUAGUAGAA